CAUUAAUGGGGAAAAAAAUAACAACAAUCGAGAUGUCCAUCGAUGCCACAAAACACGACGUUUCAAAGCUGGGUGCUGAUUUAAAAACUGGCAUAGAUAUUGUUAAAAUGGAGUUGUCACAGAACAUUUCAGUCGUCAGAAAUGAAGUAACGGCCGUCAGUAAUAAUGCAGCAAAGCUGGCAAAUCAGAAAAAUUCAUUAAUGGAGAAUAAAAUAACAACAAUCGACAUGUCCAUUGAUGCCACGAAACACGACGUUUCAAAGCUGGGUGCUGAUUUAAAAUCUGUCAUAGAUAUUGUUAAAAUGGAGUUGUCACAGAACAUUUCAGUCGUCAGAAAUGAAGUAACGGCCGUCAGUAAUAAUGCAGCAAAGCUGGCAAAUCAGACAAAUUCGUUAAUGGAGAAUAAAAUAACAACAACCGAGAUGUCCAUUGAUGCCACGAAACAAGACAUUUCAAAGUUGGGUGCUGAUUUAAAUACUGUUAUAGAUAUUGUCCUUCUGGAUCAAGCUGCGACAUGCAAACCAAAUUGCGCUUACGGCGAUGUGUGCUUCAGAGACAACAUGUGUAAGUGUAAACCUUUCACAGAGGGACCUCGCUGUGGAAAAGUGAUUUGUGAUGACAAAUGCUACGAGAACGGAGGAAAAUGCGUAGGUCCUGGAAAAUGUAAAUGUCCAGAAAAUAGACACGGAUCUAACUGUGAGGAAUUUAUUUGUGAAGACAAAUGUUAUGAGAACGGAGGAGAAUGCAUCGGCCCCGGAAUAUGUAAAUGUCUUGAGGAACAAAGUACUUUGGUCCUAACUGCGAACCAAAAACCGCCGUUUACUAUAUAAGUGUGAAAACAGGAAUUAAAUUUGGCGCUGGAACGAAUGCGAUGGUAUAUAUAACUUUGCAUGGACAGAAGGGAAAAACAGACAGAAUAUAUCUUGAGGGCACAUUUGGAUCUGACGAUCUGGAUGAGACUAGAAUAGAAGUUAAAGAUAUACGUCCUGUAAAAUAUAGCAGUUUCUUAACGAUUAAACUGUAUUGAGUAUAAUCACGGUAAGAAAUCUAAAAGACAAAAUAAAUUAUUAUUACUGAUAAUCUGAGGCAACUUUGUGUGAAAAGACGCCAAAUUCUAAAAUAUACACAUACUGUUUACGGCUCAUUUUAAUCGCAACAGGUUGGAAGUAUUCUACAAAACUUCGUGCAUUUAACCGCCAAAAUACUUGCAAUAGAAUCAUUGAAGUAUAAAGCACAUAUUACACGAUGUACUGAAGUCGAAAGGGUUUGUGUCACAGUGUGACAUUUCUCCGGAACUCCUUAAAAUUCUAAAAUGAAUAAUAUUUAUUAAUUCUAUAUUGAAAUCGUAAAGAGAUUCAGAACACUGAGAAAAAUUGUAUGAUUUAACAAUUGUUUUCAACGAAUUAUUGAAUAUUACAAAUCUUUAAUUGAAUUUAAUUCUGACUAUUAACAAAGUAGCUUCAAAUUUGGUACUUGGUUAAAAGCGUUGAAACUACAUGAAAUUAAAAGAAAAUUUGUUUGUUUUACACAUAACACAAAAUCUAUUAUUUUCUCAGAUGGCUGUGCAACUCGUAAAAAUAUUACAUCUAUCAAUAGUGAAAAAGAUCCACCAAAAGUCUGAAAAUAUGUAGACAAUUUCAAGAAUAAUGACCAGUCUAGUAAGUCAAAUGCUAGUCUGAAUGAUUUAGCUGAGCAUUUUAAAAUAUAAACUCUUUAUUUCGAAUUUUCGGACACUUGUCCUUUUUCAAGA